UGAGCAGAGGUUUGUUUUCAGCGCUGCGAAACGGAAGUUCCGUCAUGAGAGGUAUGAAAUUUCGAGAAAAUCGGACACGCAUUGACUGAGUUCACUCGAUUUGCGCGGCAAGACUCGAAAGUUACGAAGACCGCAGAUAACGUACCCGUCACUGGACAAAAUGCCACGGGUAGUGCCAGAGCAAAGGCAAAAGUUCGAAAAUGACGACUUAUUUCGGAAGAUGUCACGGGAGACGGAGAUAAAAUAUACCGGUUAUAGAGACAGAUCGCACGAGGAACGCAUCGUCCGAUUUCAAACAGAAGCUCGCGAUGGACAUGCCACCGUGGCUUUCGUGUCGUCUGGGACGAAUUUCACACUACAGUUUCCAAAAGGAGAGGAUGGAACAGUUCCGAAGGAUUUUCUUGACUUUGAUCGGGAACCAGGAAAGGUCUUCAUCAAAAGCCGUUUUAUAAUGAAUGGUGUAUGUGUCGUUUGGAAAGGCUGGAUAGACUUGCAGAGACUUGACGGAGCUGGAUAUUUGGAAUUUGACGAAGAUAAAGCUAAAUCUGAAGACAAAGUAAUGAAAGAGACAUUAGAACAAGCCAAAAGACGAGUGGCUGAAUUUGAAGAAAGGCAAAGACAGUGGAGGGAAGAGCAGCAACGGAAAGAGUCUGAGGCAAGUAGCCAUCAACGUAUCAACUAUAGACAAAACUAAGAGGUCACUCUUCAUCAGGGGCUCAAAAAUAACAAGAAACAUUAGGGUCAGAUGGCUCUGUAAAAGUAUUAUGAAUAUAUAUAGAUACACAUAUUAUGAUAUAAUGAAAGGGCAAGUCCUGCAGGAAGAGAUCAAGCUAUUCUAGAGCAAAGUAGGGCUGUUCUUAUAGUCAAAUAUAGCUUAUUCAGUUCUGUUAUCAUAACGAAACUUUCCAAGGAUCCUUAAUGGUACCAUGAACUAUAUGAAAAGAUCAGAAAGUUGGAUUUGAUUGUUGAUAACACAACCAAAGUUAUGUUUAUUGAUUCAUUUACUAAUGCCAAUCAACCUAUUGAUAGAUAAAAACAGAUUGGAACACUGUAACCUGUAGUAAAGAUUUUUUUGUUUUGUUUUGGAAGCAAUAGACUCAGCAAUGUUAGCAGACAUGAGAAAGUAGAACUGUUCUUUUUUUUUAUCUUCUCAUAUCUGUGGUCAUUGAUGCUCCUAUCAGAAAAAGAAAUCCUACAAUGUAAUUGCUGGAAACUCUAGUAAUUUUUCUGUUCUACUGAUGUUUUAUUCUACUGCAUCUAGUUCUUGUUACCAAAGGAAUCAUUAUAUAGUCACUCUUAGACUUCUCAUACCACAACCUCUGAGUUUUGCUUUGUGAGAGUGAAGCAAACACAAUCACACACUCAUGUUGAGCAUGAUAAUGUGGGAUAUUACAAGAUAAUCCUUUUAUUUUAUUAAAACAACAUUAUCAGCUCUUAGUCAAGCCUAAAUAUUGCAAUUUUCUGUUGGGUUUCUUGUAGCAGUAUUUGUGUCAUGAACCUUACAAGUAGCUUAUCUAAAGUGUCUUAAAUUUACUGCAUGUUUUCAUACAGUAUAUCUCAUUAUUAAUCACAUGGCUAAACCAUUUCUAUCACAGCCUCUGUUCAAAUUAUACCCCAGCUAGUCUGAAGAGCUUGUUAUUAAAAUCAUUACAAUUUCUUAGGAUAGUACAACUGUAAAGUGUGUACACUAACAAAUUUCUGCAGCUUUGUUGUAUUUCAUUACAAAACUGUAGAUUCAAAUAGAGGAGGGUUUUCUCUUACAAUCAAGCCAGACAAGACAAAAAAGUGUUGUGCUAAAAAGGUGCAACUUCAUUGUUUAAGCAUGGUUUUCAUGUCAGGCAAAGUCUCAGAUGAAAUGAAGUUUUACCAUUCCCCAACUGUCCCCAGCUUUUUGGCCUUGAACCCUUUCACUCACAGGAGUUAUCAGUAUAUGAUUUGUCCUUGAAGUUUUUAGCACACUGUUGAGGAGACCAGUGACAAGAAUUAAGAAAAUUACUAACUAGAGGAAAUUGUUUGGAUAUAACAUGAAAUUCUCACAACUAGCCAACAAAGAAAUGCAUAGUAAUCCUUUAGGAGAAUUUCUUUUAAAUCUUGGUAGUGAAAGGGUUAUAAACAAAGAACUGAGAGCAAUCCUCAAAGGAUGGAAGGAACAUCUUUUAUACACCUGUUUUCUUGUGCCAGGUUUGUCACAAUCUUUCCAUCCUGUAUCUUGAAGUUCAUACACUGCUGAAAUCUGUGAUGGCCAGAAAAAAAAUUUACUCUGAGUAAUCAGUUAUUAUUCUGACAUGAAACCCAGGCUUCACACGCAUUCUCCCUUUAGUCUGGCAGCUGAAGAGAGAGCCUUAAUAAUUAUAAUAUAUGAAUUAAAAAUUUUAUUUAGCUUAUUUAACAUUUAUUUAAAGCCUUUAAAGAGCAAAAAGUUUCUUCAAGAGUAAAGGCUGUGAUUAUUUACUCUGCUUUUAAAUAUGCAGUAUUAUUAAUAAAUUCAAGCGCAUUUGACAUUAUUUUGUUUUUGUCAAAGUACCAUAAUCCAUGUAAAACUGAACCGUAAAUCACUAAGCUCGCUAUCAGUAAUUACAUGAAAAAGCUAUUGUAAAAAUUUUGUUCGAUGUCAGUGCAAUUGACCUGUUUAAGCAAUAUAUGCAAUUCCAAGAAUAAAAAUUUAUCUCUUGA